UGCAGAUGAAACUUUAUUCGAUUCUGAUUUAUCAUAAAGGGAAUGAUGGGACUGUGCGGUCUUUCAAAUCAGCAUUCGAUUUGUCAUCAUUCAGCUUUUUCCAAAGGGGAUCAGUUCAGGAGUUCAUGCAAUUCACUGGCAAACUCCUCGUAGAAAGAUCGGGGCUAGGUGCGCGUAGUACUGUGAAGGAAAACGAAUAUUUUUGCCAUUGCUAUGUGCGCAGUGACGGCUUAGCAGCGGUCUCCGUUACGGAUAGUGAAUACCAAGCACGCGUUGCCAUGAGCAUGAUGACUAGAGUGUUGGACGACUUCACAUCUAAAGUUCACCCUACUCAAUGGGCGCAGAUAAAGUCAGACAAGGACUGCAUGUAUACAACUCUUCCGGAGUUGCUCGCCAAAUGGCAAAAUCCGCGGGAAGCGGACCCUAUGACACGGGUUCAGGAAGAAGUAGAAGAGACUAAGAUUGUUAUGCAUAACACUAUCCAGUCAGUGCUUGAGCGAGGAGAAAAGUUGGAUGAUCUCGUCAAGAAAAGUGAGAAUCUCUCUGAUCAGUCGAAGCUUUUCUACACACAAGCCCGGAAGAUGAACAAGUGCUGCAACUACUACUGACUUUUAACCCAGUUUCUUUCCUCUGGUGAAAGUCUGUUUAUUUCCUCUGUCCUGUGAUGCUACGAUAUCUGUAAUGCAUUCUUGGAACUUCUCAUCUAGAAGUAUAGUGUGCCGCUUUUACUGUAUCAUCCUAACCUUUCGACGAGCAAGUAUUUUAACUCUUGCCUUGCCUGUCAAUACUUCCAAUGGUACAGCUGUACUUCAAAUCUUUGACUUUCUUUAGUCACAUCCAUCGUUCAUUAGCCUGUAUCUCAGUUCUAUAACGCCUCUGAACUGCGCUAGCUAAGCCUGAGAUGCCCUGUUGAGUACCUUUGAUAUCCUCAUUGUUUAUAAUGAUGAGAUUUCUCAAGUGGUGCAUAUUUCGAAAGGUUUAUAUAUAUUAUUAUCAUUUUGGCUUGUCAUUGAAACUCGCAUUCACAUCUGUGUAUUUGUGAUUUUCUCGCUGUACGACCACCUUCUCCUGUGUACCUAACUCCUCGUGGAACUGACUUACCAAACUUCCUAAAAUUAGCCAUACUUGUAUUUUAAUGCUUACACCUUCAUAAUCAAUCACUUCAAACUUCUGGUGCAGGCACACCAUGCUUUCAAGCAUGUCAAGAUCAUGGUGAGAAGCACUUCGUGUUUACCUUUCCUUUGCUAUGUUCGCAUGUGUUCCCGCGUUCUGUAUUUAUCAGUAUACAAGGCGUAACGUUGAGCUUUCAUACUAAAAUUCAAGAUCGUGU